UCUCUUGUAAUUGUGAACACUUGUAUUUACCCUUCCUUACAAUUCAGUUCAAUUUUUCAAAUUCAAUUUUGUAUUUAUUUUCCCAUAUAAUGUCACAGUCAAGGCAAAAGUCUACUAAGUCAAGUUCAUUUCCAAAUGUUGAUUCCUUUUAUAAAACCUCUGGUCAAAAUGUGUUAAAACAGUUGCAACGCAAGAUUGUUAAAAAAAGUUCUGGCGCUCAAUCUACCCAGGCCAAGUCAACCAGUCGAUCUCAAUCUCCUCCUGCUCCUUCAUCUCCGACUUUGUUCAGUAAGAAGCAAAAAGUAAAUCAUUCACAGCCAACAACUUGUGACACAAUUCGAAAGGACCCAAACGGAUUAUAUGCUGUUAUUCUGCCUAAUUUCACCGAUCAUAAAAAGAAAAAUUUAAAUCAACCGAUUUUGAUAAUCGUGGAUAAAAAAGAUGUCGAAAAUUGUGGAAUAACAAAUCACGAAUCAAUUGUGCAAUCAGCAGGGAAUCAAUUCAUCACAAAACUAAAUUACAUGCGUAUUUCGUUCAAGUUCAUAGCUCUAGCAGAAUCUAUUUCAGAACUUUACAAAAAACUUAAACAGAAUGUGAAGUAUAAUGCAGAAUGGAGAAACUUGAAAAAAGUUAUCAAUUACACAAGCGAAAUACUGGAAAUAAAUAUCGAUCCUGCUGUAUAUGAAAACGAUUUCCCAGAUUAUGUGUCAAUCGAAAGUGACGAGUUGAAUAAAUUACUAGGAAUAGAAUCUCAUGGUGGAGAAAAAAAUCCAUCAACUGUUCUUAAUGAGACCAAAGACUCUGAUAAAAACCCAAGUGAAGGACGAAAUUGCCCUCGUGAAAAUGAAUUUCCUGACAAAACAAAGCGUGAAAAAGUUUCAACAACGAUUCAACAAGAAUUGACUAGUUCAUCAGAGGAAUCGCCAAACAAUAAGCAAGAAAGAAACACGAGCCCGAAAAGAAUCGUUUUGAACAACAUUCUCGAGAAAAUCAGAGAUUUGGAGAAAAGAAAAGAAAUUUUAUCCAACAUUGACAGUAGUGGAAUUAUAUUACGCUCGGUGAUUGAUUUACUUCAGGAUGUUGUUUUUUAUCUUAAUGAGAAAUAUCAAACGAUGAAUCAAAAUUUACAUCAUAUUCUGACGACAGAUUCAACGUAUAAGAAUACUAAAAAGUUCGAAAAGCCUUUUGAAGGUGAUUUUGAUCCAGAAUUAGGACAGUCCAGACUGGAUGCAUUAUUUGAUCACAUUUUCCGUAAAAGUGGACAAAUGAGCUACACAGAAGAGAGUUUGAAUAAAGUUAGACAGCGAAUCAUUCGAGUCCUAUCUUCAUUGAAUUCGUCCAAGACAAAGAAAAAGGUUAAAUUCUCCAUAGGAAAUGAUUCUGAUGAUUCUGACUCAAACCAACACCUUGAUUCGAAUCAAACAGAAUCUAAUGAUGGAGAAAUAUUCAAAAGCAAAAUAUUUGAAUCUAUAAAAAGAACUUGA